AUGCUCGCCGAAUUUCGUGCAUAUUAUCAACAUAAUCAUCAUGAAUUGCUUGCAAUUGACGAUUUUGAACGUACCUAUCGCUCGGGAGAUGCUAUUCGUUGGUAUACAAAGCCUUGCUUUCUUUUUCGUCUUAUUAACAAAGCACUACGUACAGAAGACAUUUGUGCUUUUUACACUUUUCGUUAUUUUAUUAUUGAUCUGUGCACACAGUUAGAAGAAGCGGUCGGUAAAACUGCUUCUUGUGCAAAAAUAUUUCGUGUCUAUCGUGGAUCAAGACUUAGUCGAGAUGAGGUCGAACAAUUGCAAGUUGGUAUGCUGGUGACUGCAAAUGGAUUUCUUUCUUCAUCACGAGAUUUGAAUGUUGCCCAGCAGUUCAUCAGUAUUGAUCCAGUUACGGGCUUAUCGCCUAGUCGAAGUCGCAUGGACAAACGACAAUAUGUUCUAUUCGAGAUUGACGUCGAUUUGAUACAUUCACCUUAUACGACGGCAGUCGAUGUAACUAGACAUAGUACUAUGCCACAUGAAGACGAGGUCAUUUUUAAUUUGGGCACUACCUUCACUAUCACUGACAUUAAUUAUGAUACUGAACACUAUUUAUGGCAUAUUCAAAUACUCUCAUCAUCAGAAGUUGCUGAACUCAGCCGAGCCUAUAAUAUGUUUGUUCGCAAACGUCUAAAUGAGGUCAAUGGCAUACUAAUGUGUGGUCAUUAUUUGACUGAAAUAUAUAGUAAUUAUACUGAGGCUAUGCGUUACUUUCAUCAUCUGUUACGUUCAAAGACUGUAGAUGAUAAUGAUCGACCCGCUAUCUACUAUCAUUUGGGACGCGCUUAUCGUUUUAUGGGUAAAUAUCAACAAGCGAUAACAUAUUUUAAAUGUGCUCAACUAUUUCAACGGCGUAAAUUACCACAAUCAAGCUUCGACUAUGGUCGUACAUUAAGGGGCCUCAGUAAUGUGUAUUCGGACAUGGAAGACACAACACGAGCACUAUAUUUCGAAGAAAAAGCAAUUGCUAUCCAUCGUAAAUGUUUGCCAGACGAUCAUAUCGAAAUAUCUUUCCAUUUAAAUCGACUUGCCUUUAUUCAUUGGCAACAAAAGCAAUAUGAACGUGCACUUAUUUUCGUUGAGAACGCAUUAUUAUAUUUUAAACAAAAGAUGCCAACCGAUUAUCCAGCAGAGGCACGAUCACUACAUGUAAUGGGCUUGAUACAACAUUCACUGGGUAAUCGACAGCAAGCUCUUGAUUUUUUCAAAAAAGCGUUGCACAUGCGAGAAUCACUACUAGCUGAUGAUCACCCAUUCGUUGCUCAGACAUGCCACGAGCUGAGUAUCUUGUGUGCUGAACAGGAUGAUGAAUACGCAAUGGCACUCGAAUAUGCACAAAGAGCGCUAAAUAUUCGUAAGAAAAAGCUAUCGCCGAAUCAUAUUGAUGUCAAACGAUCAAUCGAACUUUUCGAGCGGCUAUCACAACGCCAUGAUGCUACUUAG